AUGCCUUCCGAUGGAGCCAAGCUCAAGUCUCUUGCUCUUAAGCUGGGCCUUGUUGAAACAUCUCGGAACAAUGAAGACAUCCAGUCUAUCAAAAUCGAAAAUUGUAUCGGAUUCAGCAAAGUUCCUGUCGGGUUGGCAGGCCCAGUACAUAUUGUUGGCCCUGAUGUCAACGGUACUCUCUACGCUCCACUAGCUACGUGUGAGCCGACCCUUGUCGCUAGCUGCUCUCGUGGGUGCAAGGCCUUCAACCGUUCAGGAGGCUUACGGUUUGAUAUCCUAGGAGAUGGGAUGUCUCGCGCUCCUGUAUUCGCAUUCCAGGAUCCUGGUAGGGCAGUGGCCUUUUAUCGGUCCGUCCCUGCAUUCCAGGCCGAGUUUGCAGCAUGGGCAAAGACUACGAGUCGAUUCGUCCAGCUAACGGAAAUGCGACCUGCAAUCAUCGGGUCAAAUGUUCAUCUUUUCUGUCACUACACUUGCGGCGAUGCUUCUGGGCAGAAUAUGGUAACCAAGGCGACGAGUUAUGCAUGCAGCCAGCUUCGCAAGAAGUACGCUGACAAAUUCGCCAUGACCGAUUUCUACCUCGAAGGCCAGUUGGCAUCAGACAAGAAGCCCUCUUGGGGUAAUGUGAACGCCGCUAGGGGAGUCCAAGUAUUAGCCUGGGGGAAGAUCACGUCAGCAUCGUGCAAGGAAGUUCUUGGCUUAACUAUGGAGCGUUUGUAUGACCUGUACAAAGUAGGUCAAGAUGGAGGACUUCGCAACGGACUAUUCGGGUCAAAUAUCAAUACUGCCAACAUCAUUGCCGCAAUGUAUAUAUCGACGGGCCAGGACGCGGGCAGCGUCGCUGAAUCAUCUUGGAGUCAUCUCACAAUGGAAUUCGAUAAGUCAGAUGAGGGAUUGAUCGUGUCUCUCUUCUUUCCGUCUCUGACUGUGGGGACUGUGGGUGGAGGUACAGCUUACAGCACGCAAAGAGAAACUCUGAGGGCAUUGGGAUGUCUGGGUUCUAACAAGAAAAAUGCCCUUGCUGGUAUUAUAGCAUCUUUUGCACUGGCUCUUGAUGUGAGCACGCUCGCUGCCAUCGCGAACGACACUUUCACGGAUGCUCACAUGCGAUUGGCGCGAGGCGAGAAUUAUGGGAAAUUGUGA